CCACCACUCUAUCAGCUCCUCUCCCCCUCCACCAAUCCAACCAGCUCGCUCCCACUUCCCACCUCCCAUCUCUCACCCUCCUCCUCUUCUCUUGCUUCUGCCUUAUCUCCCUUCUUCUCUCCCGCACUCUCAGUCACUCGCCAAGCCUGGGGCUCUUAACAAUCACACAUCCUCUAAAACACCCCAUACUACCUUCUCUCCUACAACCUGCACCCCACCUUUGCCCAGAUCCUUCUCUCUUCUGUCUUGGCUAAUAACCUGCUUCUCCCUCUCACUCUCUCUCUCACCUCCUCUCGCCAUCCCUCGCGCGUGUCUACCCGCACCACACCCGCACUUUGCCCCUUUACCCCCUGGACCUCAUUUUCUCACUUCUUCUUCUCUUCCGAGCUUUCCCAAGGUCCCCCCCUUUAUCUGAGAAAUCCGGCGCAUUCGUUUCAUCUUCAAAAUUUGUCACUUCAAUUUUGACGUAAUUUGUACCCCCUCCUUCCCUCCCUAAUUGUCUGGUCUUCUACUUAGUCCUCAGUCCCCUGGUGUAUCUGUAGGUCCCCUCCAUAUAGACCUUGACCCCCUAGACCUAGACCUCCAGGCUCCUCCCUGAUCCCUCGGUCAUUCCUGUCAGUCAGUCUCUCAGCCUGUCAGUGUUUCCACCCUCCACCUGUCAGUACCUCCACCCUCCACUCAUAUCCCCAUGCACAGCCGAAGCUUUAGCUUGGACAAACUUAAAAAUAAAGUGAGCCGUCGCUCAUCCUCAGAAGGGUUGCUGGACUUUCCCUCUCUCUCUCCAGAUCAACGUCGUAACAGUCUCUCCAACCCCAUGAUUGUGAUCACUGAGAGCGGCUCCACCAUACCGUCUCUGUCCCAUGGCCAUCACGGCUCAUCUGCUGGUGGCCUGGGCCCUGCACCGGCAACCUCCCCACCUCCUCACGGGAGAUUCAGAGCAAAGUCCCUCACCAUCAACCACUCCCGCUCCCGUAGCCGCAGUCGUAGCAGAACUGAGUCCACCCUUGCGGGAGCACUUGCACCCUCCACCUCCCCCGGAGGCCCCGGCUCCGGCUCCGGCUCCACCAAAAAGGCAACCAAGGCGCUCAUCAAGCAAGAGAUCCUGACGGUCAUCCUGAAGAAGCUCGUGUCCUUCCUCCAGGACUUUGGCCUCCAGGGCCCCAUCAACCUCCCGGUCCGCAACUCCUCCUUGAACUCCAGCUCCGACUCCAUCAAGAUCUACGUGGCCAACACCAACGACUGCAUCUACCUCCCGCCAGCCACCAGUGCCAGCUUCACCUACGAGGACGUGGAAAACGGUCGUGGUGAGGAGUACCCGGUCUCCCGAACCUCCACGCCUCCUCCCCCCUCCUCCCUACUCGAAGAGGAGCAAGGAGGCCCCACACAGUGGCCCUCCGCGGGCAGGGGCCAGCCUACCGUCACACCAUCGGCCCACGGGGAGGCCACUCCAACCUCGAACCCUGCUGAGCGUCCCGCAGACCCUCUCAUGAACCUCCUCACCUCCUUCCACUCUCCCAAUUACCUCUCCUCCAAAAUAGACGCGGACCUCCCGAUCCCGCACACCUUUGCGGUGAUCGUCGAGCUCCCCAAGGCCUACCAGCUCAAGGACCUCCGCAUCCGGUUCCAAUCGCUUGUCAACAUCUUCUGGCCCAGCGGCGACCCUUUCAACAAGACCUACACCAAGGAGCGGUUCAAGAUCGGGCUCAUGGAGUGGCGUCCGCGUUUCGAAGACGCCGACUACUACAUCAACACUUCCAACAGCAGCGACGUCAAGUCGAGAGAAACCACCAAGGAGGACCUUGUCCGUCGUACUCGGUCGUAUCGAUUAGAUGACAUUGAGAGUGCUACCUCCCACGGUUCCUCCCACAGUCCCUCCCACGGUUCCUCCCAUGGAUCCUCCCAUGGAUCCUCUUCCUCCCUCAACAGUAGAGAGAGCCCCAGCAAGCCGUCUGCCUCCACUUAUUCCUCCUCCUCCUCCUCCUCUGGCUCCUCCUCCCCCUCAGAAGUCAACGCAGGGAUCUACGUCUUUCUCCUCCCGAUCCUCCUCCCAGAACAUAUCCCCGCCAACAUCGCGUCGGUCAAUGGGUCACUUCUGCAUAACCUCACGGUACAAUUCCAAAAGAUCUCGGCCAAAUUGAACCGAAAGUCAAAGUUCUCGACCCUGUACGACCUCCCCAUGGUACGCACACCGCCACUGUUUGCCAACUCGAUCGCCGACAAGCCCAUCUACGUGAACCGGAUCUGGAACGACUCGCUCCACUACUCGAUCACGUUCCCGAAGAAGUACGUCUCGCUCGGCUCCGAGCACCAGAUCAACGUCAAGUUGGUGCCCUUGGUCAAGGACGUGGUGAUCAAACGAAUCAAGUUCAACGUGUUGGAGCGCAUCACGUACGUGCUGAAGAACUUGGCGCGUGAGCAGGACUACGACAGUGAGGAUCCGUUCUAUCUCAAGUAUGGCACUGGCGACACCAAAGUACGUGAGCGUGUGGUUUCCAUCUGUGAGCUCAAGACCAAGACGGCACGUUCUGGUAGUCUGGAGCUGUACAAGGAAGAAGUAGUCAAAUGUAAGGACAACAAUUUGUUAUUUAGUUGUUAUGAGGAGGAUCACACGCCAAGUGGUUCAAAUUUGGCGCCAUCGAGCCCGAAAACGGGCCAGAACAGUCCAAAAACGAGCCAAAACAGCCCAAAAACGAGCCAAAAUGGUGCCAAAACGGCGGCAAACGGUGCCAAAACGAGCCAGAACGGCCUGCUGAAGAUUGUAGGAGACAACUCAGAGUCCUCUUCCACCGCCGUCAUGAUUGCAUCACCACUCGACAUCAACAUUGCCUUACCCUUUCUCACCACCAAGGCCGAUAAAACAACCUUGACAACCUCUGGUGAAGAGUCCAACUACCUAGAAGCCAGUGGCCGCAACUCCAUCUUCUCGGCAAACCAGGACUCCUCUCGUAGAGGCCUGCUCGGACCCUUCCGUCACCGUAGCGACUCCACCACGUCCAUGUCCUCCCCGGUCAUUGGCGCAAUGGAAACAAACAUCCACCAUGGCAUGACGGAAUUGAGCUUGGACUCGUCAAAUGGUAGCGGUGGGGCCAAUUCAUCAUCUUCUGCUGCCGCCACGGGCGCCACGGGAACAGCUAGCGCUUCCUCCGCCCUAUUGAGCCUCGAAGACUCCUUCUCCCCUGACUCAUCAAACUACAUGUCUGAAGACACGGGGGGCACCCGAGAAAACAUCCUGGCCGGCUACACCGUUCUCUCCAAGGCCUUGUACCCGGACUCGAACUUCAGACACAUCCAGAUCCACCACCGGCUCCAGGUUUGUUUCCGGAUCUCCAAGCCAGACCCUCGAGAUGGCUACAAAAUGCACCACUACGAGGUGGUGGUCGACACCCCUUUCAUUCUCUUGAGUGCCAAGUGUGACGAUGAGUCCAUCCAAUUGCCCAAGUACGACGAGUUGGAAGAGUUCUGCACCUCUCUGGGAGUUCCAGGAGCGUCAGCUCCCCCACAAACCCCUGGAGGCGGCGUCAGCUUCAGAACCCCCUCGUACACCUACUCCAAGAACGGAGUCAGCAUCAGACCAUUGAACGAGUUCUCCAGUGCAGAAGGUGCAGACCAGCUCCCCACUUUCGAAGAGGCCACCUCCAACCCGGGCUCGCCCAUCACCCGGUCGGUUUCGUUUGGAGAGUCAGAACCUCUCAGCCGAAUCCCCUCCAUCUCCAUGGCGGACCCUGCACCCGCCUACGAGGUGGCGGACCUGAACAUGCUGCAUCUCGGUGGCGGGACCAUCGACGAGAUUGUUCAGGGCCAACAGCUUGUAAUGCCGCAUCAAGACCCUCGCCUGUCUUUCUCGGAAACCGACGCUAACCCCUCGCGGAUCCGGUCUUCGCUCGUCAACUCGUUUGCCCCUAUGGAAGUGUCCAACGGAGCUGGAGCUGGAGCUGCAGCCGCGCUGCCUGUGUCUCGGAGAAGAUCUUCGAGCUCGUGUGCGGUCGCUCCAGAUUGUGCCUCCGAGGAAACGAGCGACUCGGCCCCAACCACCCAGUCUGGCACCCAGGAAAGUGUCACCGACCCCGGCGACACCGACUCUGCGUCCAUGAGUGGAUCCACCAGUGGCUCGGUAGAUGUGAACUCCAACUCGAACUCGGAGGGAAGAGACUCUCCAGUGGGUGGGUUAUACACGGCGGUUCCUGAGCCAUACAUCCCCUCGAUGGAACGCCCGCGGCCCACCAGACUCGACACGGGCCACAGCAGCUUGUUCACCCAAGACAGCGAGUAUGCCGGCACGGUCCCUCUUUCCACCACCAAUACCUUGAACUUUGACCAGGGCUUGUCCCUCUUGGAGAACUACAGUCGUGACGACGUCGAGAAGUCUGCCAUAGGCAUUUCCGACAAGAAUGACCAACUCAGUAUCAUCACUGCCGAGCUGAUGAACCCCGCGAAUGGUGGCGAGGCACCGCUCUCCACCUCCUUCUGAGGUCCAGGAAUAGCGCAGUGACUAUCUUUGAAAAGCGGGGCGCUUCUCAGGCUCCGUAGAGAGUGGGUGCUCCCUUCCCUACGGGGUGUGCAAGCCGCUCCGCUGGCACUCCGUGGGCCACUAGCCGUGGAGGCCUUCUUCCUCUGACGAGGAACAUAGAGGUACAAGCAGUCUCCUCGUAGAGGAGCUAGGCACCACGCCAGUGGCUCUCCCCGAGCAGGGGCCCGAGCGGAGCGGUUCACAGAACCCCCGUAGGGCUGGUAGUACUCCCUUCCCUGCGGGGUCUGUGGUUCCGCUCCGCUGGCACUCCGUGGGCCACUGGCCGUGGAGGACCACUUCCCGAGUAGGGACCUCGUGCAGAACCAUGAACACCUCUUGGGAUGAACCUACAAUCUACUGGUGUCUCCGUGGACUGUCCCCAGGACACCUCGAGCAACUCGCCUCUCGGGAGAGUUGUCCAUCCCACCUACUGCUUUGUUAUAUUAUAGAGAGUAUAUAUAGUUUA